AUGCUCUGCGCCGCGAUCGCCUUCUCGGCGGCGGUGUCCUGGGAGCUGCGAAGCCGCAGCGUCUCUCUACACGAGUCCAAGGCGUACAACGUCACGACCGAGGAGUACUUCAGUUCGGGCGUUACCCUGAGGCCAGGCCACAUGAUCUUCACGAACCCGCGCAAGACUCGGCUCGAGAUGCCAGCGGGGCGGUAUGCGAUCACCGGCUUCUGGGGCGACAUCGUCGACGCCGACCACAAGCCGGUCCCGCUCUCCAAGAUAUACGACCACCACUGGGUCGCCAUCAACAAUCGGCACAGGAACGAAAUUUGCGAGACGGUGCCCUACGUGUUUGGAGUCGGCGCAGAGUCGCGACACAACCCGGUCAACCUGCCCGCCGGAUACGGCUACGUUGUGGACGAGACUGUCGAGUGGGGCGCCAACAUCCACCUGCUCCGCAUCGACGGCCUGUCUGAGGCCGCGGCCAAGGAGUGCAACGAGUGCUACUACGCGCCGGGCAAGGGCAAGGAGUGCACGGCCGCGCAGAACGGCACCUUCGAGUGCUGCGGCGAGCGGGACUACGACGGCGUCGGCUCCUGUCCCGCGCAGCGCGCCGACCUGCCCGCCGAGACUUUCUACCUGCGCUAUCGUGUCAGCUACACGCGAGAGCUGGCCGCAGUCGCGCCCGUGCACAUCUCCGUCGCCACCGCGCCCGACUGCGCCACCUUUUACGCCGUGCUGCGCGACGAGCGGAGGCCGGAGCACUUGGCGCAGUACGAGUUCGAGACCCCGACCGACGUGACCGUCCUCUUCGCCGCGGGCCACCAGCACGUCGGCGCACUCAACAUCUCCCUCUUCGUCAACGAGCGGCGCGUGUGCACCUCGUACCCGCGCUACGGCGCCGAGCGCGGCGUCGCGGGCGACGAGCUCGGCUACCUCGUCCAGAUGUCGCCCUGCGCCGACGCCUCGACCGGCCCGCUGGCGUGGACCAAAGGCGACACCGUGCGGAUCGACUCUUGGUACAGCGUGGCGCCGCACGACCCGCGGCUGCAGUACUCGGACGGGACGCACCUCAACGUGAUGGGGUAUAUGUACAUGGUGUACACGCGCGGAGAGGAUGCGGACUCGCACUCGCCGCUCCUCCGCCCACCGUCGCCCGGCCGGGAGGAUCCCCUGGAUGGCUUUGCGAUGCUGCAGGCGCCGCUGGAGGGGUCGACGGUGCGUGGCACUCGCGCGUGGAAGCGCGUGCCGCUGCAGGCGGCGGCGGCCUGA